GUAUACGUGACCUCAGAGAGUCGUUUCUCCACGUUAGCGGAGCUGGUGCACCACCACUCCACGGUGGCCGACGGCCUGGUCACCACGCUGCACUACCCGGCUCCAAAAUGCAACAAACCCACGGUGUACGGCGUGUCCCCCAUCCACGACAAGUGGGAGAUGGAGCGCACAGACAUCACCAUGAAGCACAAGCUGGGGGGGGGGCAGUACGGGGAGGUGUACGUGGGCGUGUGGAAGAAAUACAACCUCACCGUGGCCGUGAAGACACUCAAGGAGGACACCAUGGAGGUAGAGGAGUUUCUGAAGGAAGCAGCCGUGAUGAAGGAGGUCAAACACCCGAACCUGGUUCAGCUGCUCGGUGUGUGCACGCUGGAGCCGCCCUUCUACAUCGUGACGGAGUACAUGCCCCACGGGAACCUGCUGGACUACCUGAGGGACUGCGAUAAGGAGGAGGUGAACGCCGUGGUGCUGCUCUACAUGGCCACGCAGAUCUCCUCCGCCAUGGAGUACCUGGAGAAGAAGAACUUCAUCCACAG